AUAACAUUUUUCUAAUCCUAUCAUGACAACCCCCAAAAGAUACGAUGUCAAUUCUUUGUUGAAAUUAAGAUACGCGACAGACCCUGAAGCCAAUACCCUCUUUCAAUGGGAGGGUUCCAUUUUCGUGUUUAUUCCGGGAGAAGCCCCCAAAAAGCUUUUCCAAUGUGUUGGCAUGAACGUAUCCAAAGCCAAAAUCGAGGAAAAUAAAUUAAAGGUAUCUGGUAAAGAGUUGACUUACUACCUUGACCCAACCACAGGCCAAAAAUUAUCCACUUGGGAUAACCCCUGGACAGGUGAAAAGGGUUUGCCCGUGGUGCAUAUUGCCAACGACCCUGUACAGAUGGCUCUUCCUUCUUUUGUUCCCUUAACCGCUCGUCAUAACAAGUAUAGCAACACCACAAAUGUCGUUGUAGAGCUUCCCCUGUUUUACCCAAACCCUCUUGCUACAGAAGACCACAAGUUCGAUGCGUAUGAUGCAAAUGCAAUGUAUGAAGCCGGUGAGUUCUUUACGUUCAAGUGUAAUACUGCUGAAUUCGAUGAUUCUAAAACCAUUGAUCAUGUUGAGGUUAACUGGACCCGUAUUUCUAAAUUCCCACCUUUCAUGAAGAUGGGCAAUAAAGAAGGCUAUGUCCUUUUCCAUUGCACAGGGUACAAACUCCCUCAAGGAUCUACUGCAGAUGAUCUCGAGCCUCUUCUUGCAAAAGAAAUCAGCGAAAGAUUACCAUCUUAUGCUGUAGCUGAUGAUUAUAACCCAGACAAGGAAAAUGUCACCAGUUUAACUUAUUUUAGAGAUCAUUUUGAAACCUACAAAAAUGAUCCUUCCACAACAUGGCCUCCCGCAGAAUAAGCAUAAUAAAAGAAAUGUAGCA